UAAUCUUUCAUACAAUCCCAACUCUGAGUUUUUGUUUUAUCUGCUAGUUUUAGCUUACGAACUUGGUGUCCAUAUUGUCCAUUAAAGACUACUAUUUUUCAGUUUUCGUAAAUACCCAUUCGUAAAAUGAGCAGCUACAAACAAUUAGAGCGGGUUUUCUGCUUCUUCGAUGAAGAUGGAGAUGGAAAAGUUUCACCCAUGGAGCUCAAGAAUAGAUUGAGCUUGAUGGGUGGAGAGCUACUGCUAAAAGAGGUGGAAGCUGCCGUGGAAUCACUGGAUUCAGAUGGAGAUGGGUUAUUGGGUUUGGAUGAUCUUGUUCAUCUAUUGGAAGCAGGAGAAGAGGAAGAGAAAAUGAAGGACUUGAGAGAGGCUUUUGGGUUGUAUGAUAUUGAAGGUUGUGGUUAUAUUACUCCCAAAAGCUUGAAGAGGAUGCUAAGCAACUUGGGUGAAUCAAGAUCAGUUGAUGAAUGCAGAGGAAUGAUCAAACAGUUUGAUUUGAAUGGGGAUGGUUUGCUUUGCUUCGAAGAAUUCAGAGUCAUGAUGCAGUAGAAGAUUUUAUUUAUUUAUUUUUUUGGUAAUUCUUGUUGUAUAGAGUGUCAAUGAUGAACUUCUUAUUAUUUAUAUGUUGAUGAUACUGUAUUUCCAUGGUCCUGUAAUAAUCAUAUAAUUCUUUUGAUUCAUUUAAUAAACAUAUAUGAUUCUUGUUGUUCUUU